AUGCAGGGUCCCGCGGACGGCUGGCCCCAACGUCCGGAGGAGCCUGACCAGGAUUGGGUGCGAGUCUCGCAGUAUAUCAACGGCGAGGAAGACAACCUCGAGGGUUGGCCAGUCACGCGCACAACAUCGCGUCCACAUACUCCGUUCUCGUCAUCCAACACAAGUAGUCCUUCGUCAUUCAACAGCCAUAUAUCACGUUCGCGCAGUCUGCGCUCGGUACACGACGAGAAUGCGAAGCGUCCACCGAGAGAAUGGAGGGCGGACUUCAACAUGGGGCGGUCACUUGGGUUGGGCGCAUCGUUAGGCUCGAUGUUCACCAAAGCACGCUCAGCGUCGAUAUCCGGAAUUCUUGACUCUCCGCGAGCUUCCAAGCUCAAUCCUUACAUCCGCUAUUCGGCCGUCUCGCCCGCCAUGCACCUUGACCUCCGCAAGAAUCCCUCGACGCUGCGCUUUCGCGCACUGGAUCGCGAGGUGAACCCUUGGGACCUCACACGCUUCGCCUGUGAGCCGCCCGUCGCCGUCAUGCGUGUGUACAAUAGCCACUACCCAUGGCACAUCGACGUCGAGAGUUCCAAUCCAGCGGGCGUCACGCUGCACGACUUGUUCAGCGCGAUCUGGCUCUCAAUGAUGACGCCGAUAGCGCAUGCAGACUGGUGGAACAACGAGAUGGAUGAGAUAACGCGCGAACGGAUCGCGCGUUCGUGGGCUGAGCGGUGUGUGGACGACGGGGAGCGACAGAAGGGAGUCAGGCGAGUGGACUUCCUGAUGGAUCGAUGCAUCUUGCUUGGUCUUGAGAAGGGGAGAGAUAGCAUGUGGGAGAUGAAGGUGAAGAGACAGUGA